UUCUGUCUGGCAGGUUGAGAGGGGAAUGUGAAAGUGAGAAUUUUAACAAGGUAACCAGGAAACAGGACGACAAGGCGUCCAAUCCGAUGGAGCUUCAGCAGUCGUGACUUACACAAGCUUGUCAAGCUGAGGGUUUUUCUUGUUUUCUUUUUUGAAGCUGUAAGCUCAAGCGAUAAAGAACCGCACGAAAUCCAGUUUUUGUGUUGGUGGUUGGAAGGUUAUUAGUGGACAGGAGAAUGAGAGAAGAGGUGUCCUGCACCAACUCCCCUGAAGGAGGACUGGGGGCCAGCGAGGAAGAGCUGGAGAGAGGAUCAAAAAAGACCCUUCAACCAGGAAAUCGAAAACGCUCCCCUUAUCCCAAAAAGGACAGCCUCAGUCAGGCAGAGGAGAGCAGCACAGGCAGCUCCAGCAGCCUGCUACCGUCGGGGCCAAAGAGGAUGAAGAAAAGCCCCUCAGCGGUCGUGUCAUUGGCCCCGACGACUUUGGGCCCCAGGCCCGAGGCGCCCUUCGAGGAGCUCCACUCUCAGCGCGUCAUCGCCAACGUGCGGGAGCGUCAGCGCACUCAAUCCCUGAACGACGCUUUUGCCUCUCUGCGCAAGAUCAUUCCCACGCUACCUUCGGACAAGCUGAGCAAGAUCCAGAUCCUGAAGCUGGCCUCACGCUACAUCGACUUCCUCUACCAGGUGCUGCAGAGCGAUGAGAUGGACGCCAAGCUGGCCAGCUGCAACUACCUGGCCCAUGAAAGACUCAGCUACGCCUUCUCCGUCUGGAGGAUGGAGGGGGCCUGGGCCAUGUCUACCAGCCACUAGGACCCCACUGAACUUCUCUUGUACACCCUCUCGUGUCCACAUCUUCCCUCCCUCCCCAGCUCUGUCCGUGUCUGCACUCAUUUCCUGACCUUUAAGCCUCCUUCUCCCCUCAUGGUCUGAUCUUAACCUUCUCAUAAACCUCUGCAGUCCUUUCUUGUCUCACUCCACCUCCAUAGUUGAACACGCUUUAAGUUACUGAAAUCUCCAAAACCUAACCCCGUUCCCCUCCACUCUUUCCACCUCUUUUUCCCUUAUCUGUCCCACAGUUUUUUCCCAGGGCUAUGAUUCGCUCCACUGCAGCCCUUCAGAAAACUGACAAACGGAAACUUCACUACACUUGAAGAAAUUGGUUCCUGCCUUGACAAAUAUCUCCACUUUAAAAAACAAAAAAACAAAACAAAAAAAAAAGGAAAAGAAAACUUUCUCUUUUUCUGGACAAGUCUGGCCUCCGUGCGGUCGCCCGGCCUUCACCGAGUGUUCCCGAAACUCUGGUGAAGAUCCCUCGACGGUCCGACGAAGAGCUGAACACUUUGAACGAUGAAACUGAAAUGGACUUUUUAAAAAAAAUAAAAAAAUAAACAAAGAUCAACGAACAGCUGGCCUGCGGUGACAAUGAAACAAAAUGGCUGCUGGUUCGAGUGCCUUCGGUUACACGGCGAUAACCACCACGGCGAGAUCCACCCAACUCUUCACAGUGGAUGACUCACUGCCAGACAGACAUUAAGAUGACUAAUGAUAAUGGCACAGUGAUGGUUAGAGGGCGGUCACAGCCAAUGAAUGUUUACAGCUAAAAUGCUAAUAAGCUAAUCGCUCUGGCUCUGAAGACCCCGUCUUGAGGGAAGAGGAAGAGCACGAGGAAUUUGGCGUAGAUCUUCGACUUUGUAAUAACUGGAUCGCUUUCUGUGUAUUUUGUGGGUUUUAGAGUGUAUGUGAAUUGGUAUACGCACACUGUAUUACUUUAAACUCUGCUUAUCCUUUGCUCUCGCCUUUAAUGGAAAAAAAGGGAAAAAGUCUUGAUACCACCACUGAUCCCAGUUCAGCCCCCUCUGUUUUUCAUUUUACUCUUUUCUAGUAGAAAGCUGCAUUUUGUAUUGCAAGAAAAUCUCAUUUAAGUAGUUUUUUUCUGUUUGUUUUAAUUCCAGCAGCUUUAAAAUAUCUUUGCAAGCUUAUUUUCAUUGAAAAAAAAACACAAAAAUAAAACAGCAGAAAUUUUCGUAUAAAAUGUGCCAAAGUGGCGGCAAAGUGAUUUGAGCCACAGCAGAUUCAUUUGUAACCAUGCGGUUUAAAAGUGUUGCUUUUGUACUGCUUUGAAUUUGCUUAUGAUCAUCUCUCUUGUGUGAUAUCCUGUGGAA